AUGGCAGAUGGGGCGCAGGCCAACCACAAAGGGUUCAGGAAGAAGGUGCUGGUUAGACACCCCUCUGGGUGUGGGACCUCGUGCUUCAGGGCCUCUUCUGCUUGGAGAACAUGCAGGUCUGGUCUGGCUUUGAAGAAGUUCUUCAUCAUCGCCAUCUUGGCCAGUAGCAUUCUCCCCAUGACCCAGGGCGGCCUACUCAACCUCCAGGCCAUGGUGGAAGCCCUGACAGGGAGGAAUGCCAUCCGAGACUUCGUGGGCUACGGCUGCUACUGUGGGCCCGGGGGCCGAGGCCUGCCCAUGGAUGAGGUGGACUGGUGCUGCCAUGCCCAUGAUUGCUGCUACCAGAAGCUCUUUGACCUGGGAUGUCACCCCUACGUGGACCGUUACGAAUACACCAUCGAGAACAAUACAGUUUUCUGCAGCGAGCUCAACAAGACGGAGUGUGACAAGCAGACGUGCGAGUGUGACAAGGACGUCACUCUGUGCUUAAUGACACAUAAGUACAAUGAGAAGUACCGUGGCUACCUCAACAUCCGCUGCCGGGGCACCAUGCCAGACUGCAACAUCUACGAGCCGCUGCCCAAGGAGGUUGCCUGUGGCUACACUGCCCCAACACCCCCUACGCGUUCCUAG